AUUUCUUCAAAAAAAAAUCCUAACUACCGCACUUCAAAAAGCUACAAUUAUGACCUUAUUUUAAGCAUUAUCUAGCUUUGUUAAUCUAAGUGAUCCUUUCUGGAUCCUCUUUCCAUUUGUCCAACAUGGAUUCUUUGGGUUUUACGCCACAAAAAGAGAUAAUAUACAACUCUUUGCUUCCCUAUAGCGAUCAACUUGAUGAUCAGUCCAACAAGUUUUUAGCGGAAAUCAAGUAUAAUUUGGGUCGAGCUGUAGUUUUUCGUGAAUCAAGUCCUGGAGCACUUUAUUGGAGUAAUCAGCUCUCUAGUUACAUCAAGCUAUAUGGUAGGAAGUUUUCAAAAGAGGAUCAUAUAAACUUCAUCAAGCUUUUUUAUGAACUGAUAACAACACCAGAACUGGAUGCGCAGUUCAUCAUUGGAUAUGGUCAUGUACUCAUACUACUCUUAAAGAAGCGAAAGUUGAUUUCAAGGGAGGAACUCACCCUUCCCUGGAAGCCACUGUAUGCUAAUGUGGAGUUUCUGCAUUACUCAAAAUAUGAAUCUGUUGGGCUCAAGAAACACUCCAGCAAAUGCAAGGAGCUCAUGAAAUCGGUUGUACGUCUAGCAAGAGUGUACUUUUCAGUGGAAUCUACUCAAGAGAUGUUGGAUGAAUGGAAACCAUUAUUGUGUCCUUAUGAUGUGGCAUUUGGAAAAGCUAUAUUUUAUUUCUCUCUGUUUCUUCCUACAACUUUACCACCAAGUCAGUAUGACCAGGGAUUCAGGCUUUGGUUUGAAGAAUUCAUGGGGAUCUGGAUAACAUUUCAAGACCCAGGAAGAGCCUGGGAAGAGGACUUCUUGAAGUUGUUGGCAAGACUAUCAAAAGAGAACAUAGGACACAUAGACUGGAAUCCAUACAUUCCUAUGGUAUUCACAAGACUCUUGAAGACAUUCAGUCUUCCUAUUGGUAGUGGAGGUUCUGUGUUCUAUCCAUGCAGGGAUUACAUGGUUAUCUUGCGCUCUUAUAUCAUAUGGAUUACAUGCUCUCUGGGAGGAGACAGUAUAGCACAGAUUCACCUUUCUAAGAUGUUUGCAUCUCUGGAAUCAUUCUACCAUCCAUCUAAUAUUGGACGAUAUUCUGGAAAAUUGCAAAAGCUGCUUUUUAAACUGUCUAGUGAGUUUGUCAAACGCUUGCACAGGGAAAAGUUUGACAAGAAGACAUGGGUGACCCCAAUACCACCAGAGAAAAUGCUUACAGAUAAUGACAUCUGCCAGUUUGUAGAGAGUCUGAAGCCGCCAGUUAUGUUGGCCAUCUUUAACAAGUUUGGAAGCUUUGAUGCAGCUAGUUCUUUGCAGAAUUUAGCUAUGAUGAAACCAGAUCUUGUGAUUCCUACUCUUCUUGAUAAGCUCUACAAAGCACUUGAUACCUUGAUUGAACCACAUCAACUCACAGCCACCUUAAACUGCGUAACAUCAGUAGCCAGGGCUCUUGUUAAAUCAGAUGGGACAUAUCCAGAAGGGAAGUCACAUGUUCUGCCAUUGUUACAACUGAUCUUACCAGGGAUUGAUCCAAAUGACUUCAGAAAAGCAAUGGCUACAUUUACAUUUAUUUCUACAAUCAUCUGUCUUGUACCAGUUGUAGACUGCUCUGGAGCUGUUGGCGUGGUGGAAAUGACAGAGGAUGAGAAGGAGCUGUGCUUAGCAACUGGACAGUUUGAAGAUUUUGUAGUACAGUUUAUGGAUAGAUGUUUUACAUUGAUUGAAAGUUCCUCUUUUGAGAAUGUGUCAGAGUUGGACAGUUCGUUGUUUCGAUCUGAUCAGCGGCACAGCCAAGAGGGUAUCCUAGGCAUGGGAGUGGCAUCUACCUUCCACACAAUACUCAUGCAAAGCUCCCCUCAAAUCUUUAAGAUUGCUCUUGACAAGCUUUUUAAUUUCUGCACCAACAAUGUUCUGGAAAUGAAAAUUGCUGGAAAGAUUGCAGCAGACAUGUGCAGAGCUGCUGCUAAGACAAAUACAGAGUUAACCUUGAAGAAGUUCCUUCCUCACUGCUGCUUUACGAUUGAGGGGAUUAUUUCAGCUGAAGACUUAAAACACCAAGAAGAAACAGAUAACCAGUUAUUGUGGAAUCUCCAGAUCUUAACAGAGAUUGUUCGCUCCAAUGGAUCAAAGAUACUUGCCUACAAGAAGGAGAUUAUCAAGACACUCAAAUCAACCAUACACUUGAAGAACAAAGAAGCCGCGACUCUUGCUGCCAAGCUUCUAGAGAAUCUGCUUCGGCCUUUGUCACACAUCUAUCCACUUGAAUGGAGGAGUGUUUUGAAAGACUUUAGUAAACCUCCAACUGAGCAUCUGUUUAUCAGGGAUUGGGGUAAAUCUGGUGAUGUUGACAACCUUGACAUCCAAUGGCAUAUCCCCUCUAAAGAGGAAAAGCUUUUCGCCAAAGAACUCUUCGAUACCUUCCUACAGACAGAGAUGGCUCGAGUAGAAAAAUACAUCGAUGGAUCUGAACCUCUUACAAGGGAGGAGCUUCAACAGAGUCUCCGCGUCAUCCAGUGUAGUCUCUUUGGAGGUGCCUUGUUGUUACCAGCGUGGGAAAAACCAUCGUUGCCAAACAUUGGCAUGAAGACUAUGGUAAACCGGGGCAGGUUUUUACAUACAGUUUCAGUGGGACCAGACGUUUCGAUGGGAGAAGAGAACUCACGAGAGAGAGUAGCACAGCUGAUGCAUAGACUUGUUGAGCAUCUUCUUUGCCAUCGCGAGGAUGAUACCAAGGCUCUACAGUACACCGUGAAGAUAUACGAGUCAUUGUUGCUUCAUCUGAUUGGCCAACGAGACGAGUUUGAUGUAAGAUGGCGAAGCGCAGGUGCUGUGAAGCGAGCAAUGGAAGACAAGUUGUCAGGGAAGAAGAAACACGUGCGAGCGUUGCUUAUUGAGCGGGUCCAACUACAACAUGAGAUGCGUAUAUUGGACAAUGUCUCGUCCCAAAUGACCGACCUACAUAAGGUGUUAUUAGAUGAUCUGUUCACAUUAUCUACUAGUGAGUACACAGAGGUUCGAAUCAAAGCACAGAAGGUCAUGGGAUUGUGUAUUGAGGUGUUCGAUUACUAUGCACGGUCCAUCAUUCCUUCUGUUUUGGAUAAGCUGCGAGAUGAUUCUGAAGUGCCCCAUGAAGCCUUCAAGGGAGCGCUGCAUAUUUUACUCAAUAGCCGUAUGUUUUUCUUGGUCAGUCAUUACUGGGAGAUUAUCGUGGAUGUAUGGCCAGCCAUUAUACAGGCUGAUCAUUCAGAGAAACCCUCCAUCACUACACUAAUAAGUUCUCUUGGAGAUAAGAUGAUCAAGAAGUAUGACACAGUAGCCAUCGUUAGACAGAUACCGGACACUGCUGUAAACAUUGCUUGGGGCAUUCUACGUACUUCUGCCCCAGCCCCUGCUACCUUACUUGAUUCCACUCCCUCCAGUUCCGUUGAGCCGACUGACACUGAACUGCAAGAGGCAGCGGCAAUGCAAGCAGAAUUUGUAGAGAAUAACAACAGAAACUACGUAAAGCUGGUUGAACGACUCACAACUCUUCUAGAAGACGAGAACUUACGUUGGCGUUACUUACAACUUUGCUUUAACUUUCUUCGUACUUUGAUUCGUUACGACCAACCGUUUCCUGUUCGGGCUAUUACAAUCGCAGUGUCGUACCUAAAUCACGAUUCUUUAGGAAUAAGAAAGAUUGCGAUCUCUGCUGUGGGCGCUGUACUCAAACAGCAGAAGAGACCUCAUGUCAAAGUACAAGUCAAUCCAUAUGCUGUUGCGGGAUUACCUGAACCCAAAUCAAGUAUCAAUCAACCAGGAGAUCGACCGGAUAACCGAUGGUUACAGUUUUUAUCCAACGACCUGCCGAAGACACAAGAAUCAUGGAACAGCUGUACUUUUAUCGACAAAACACAUUGGGGAUACUACACAUGGCCAAAGGAACUCAUGGCAUAUGCACCCACUGAACAGCAACCUCCUUUGGGUAGGAAGAGUGAAGAACUAUCAGAGGGUGAAAGGGAGAUCUACAGUAGAUUCAUACAAGAAGAAUUCGUAGACAAACUCAUUGGAUUCAUGUCUCUUGAGGAUCGCAAAGGGAAAGACAAGUUCAGUGUCAAUAGUUUUCUGUUGUUCAAGGGCUUGUUCCGUAACUUUGAUGACUCAUUCCUUCAUUUAAUCAAACCUCACCUCGAACGUCUAACUGUGGAUUCCCAGGAAAGCUCCCAGAGAUGUGCGGUAGAGAUCAUCGCUGCUUUGGUCAGAGGUUCAAAACACUGGACUUUUGAGAAGACCAAAGCAAUGUGGGAAUUCUUGAUUCCAUUGAUAAGAAAAGCAAUCCCGUCAAUAACCGUGGAGUCGCUAGAGGACUGGGGAACAUGCAUGGCAACGGCUGUGGAAAGUCGAGAUCCCCGUCGAAUUCAUUGGCUGUUAGAGGCGUUACUGGACGAGCCCCUGACAGGAGAGAGUGGUUCCUUUGCUGACGCAAGGUAUGUUAUAUCCAGUUGUAUGUAUUAGGUAAAGUAUUAGCAGGUUUAG